AUGCAUGGUUACAAGUACAACAAAGAUGCAAAGGUUGUAAUCAAUGUAUCAGUUGAGGGGAGCCCAGGGCCGGUCCGGACCAUGGUCAAAUUAGGGUCCAGUGUCGAUGACACUGUAAAGCUUGUCGUAGACAAGUAUGUGGAAGAAGGGAGAACCCCAAAGCUUGACUCAAGUUCAGGACUUGAACUGCAUCAUUCUUAUUUUAGCCUUGAAAGUUUGGAUAAAUCAAUGUCGAUCGGGGAUUCUGGUAGCAGAAGCUUUUAUCUUAGAAAGAGUAACAGUGGCAAUAGCAGCAAUGGUGCAUCUUUUGUUUCGGAAAUUGAUCCGGUAAGACCCAACUCCCCUGCAGUUUUGGUACCGGGUCUCAUUGCUGGAAAGCUCAUCAAAAUCAUGAGAAGAACUCGUAGGCUAUGGAAAGUAUUGGUUUGCUUGAAAUGAUGAGGAUAUUAGAAUAAGAAAACCUAUUAUCAUGCUGUUCUAACAACCACCAACUUGAUCUCGGUGAUAAUAU